CGGAGGCUUAGUUUCACUGCUUGAACUUGGGACUCGCCGCUGCCCUCAGCUCCGCGUCGGCGGCGAGCGCAGAGAGGGUGCAGGAGCGGAUCUUGGGCGUGCGAGGGGACCGUGCCGGCGCGCUGGACAUGAACCUGGAGGGCGGCAGCCGAGGCGGCGAGUUCGGCAUGAGCUCCGUGAGCUGCGGCAACGGGAAGCUCCGCCAGUGGCUGAUCGACCAGAUCGACAGCGGCAAGUACCCCGGGCUGGUGUGGGAGAACGAGGAGAAGAGCAUCUUCCGCAUCCCCUGGAAGCACGCGGGCAAGCAAGACUACAACCGCGAGGAGGACGCCGCCCUCUUCAAGGCUUGGGCGCUAUUUAAAGGAAAGUUUCGGGAAGGCAUCGACAAGCCGGACCCUCCUACCUGGAAGACACGUUUACGAUGUGCUCUGAACAAGAGCAAUGACUUCGAGGAGCUGGUGGAGCGGAGCCAGCUGGACAUCUCCGACCCCUACAAAGUGUACAGGAUCGUCCCUGAGGGAGCCAAGAAAGGAGCGAAGCAGCUGACCCUGGAGGACCCACAGAUGCCCAUGAGCCACCCCUACAGCAUGCCGGCUCCUUACUCCUCACUCCCAGCUCAGCAGGCUCACACGUACAUGAUUCCGCCCCACGACCGAGGCUGGAGAGAGUUCGUCCCUGAUCAGCCCCACCCGGAGACCCCGUAUCAGUGUCCUGUGACCUUCGGGCCUCGCAGCCACCACUGGCAAGGCCCAGCCUGUGAAAACGGUUGCCAGGUGACAGGAACCUUUUAUGCUUGUGCCCCGCCCGAGUCCCAGGCCCCCGGGAUCCCCAUAGAGCCAAGCAUAAGGUCUGCCGAAGCCUUGGCCCUCUCAGACUGCCGGCUCCACAUCUGCCUGUAUUACCGGGAAGUCCUGGUGAAAGAGCUGACCACAUCCAGUCCCGAAGGCUGCCGGCUCUCCCACGCCCACACCUACGACGCCAGCAGCCUGGACCAGGUCCUCUUUCCCUACCCGGAGGACAACGGCCAGAGGAAGAACAUCGAGAAGCUGCUGAGCCACCUGGAAAGGGGCGUGGUCCUCUGGAUGGCCCCCGACGGGCUUUACGCCAAGAGGCUGUGCCAGAGCAGGGUCUACUGGGAUGGGCCCCUGGCGCUGUGCAGCGACCGGCCCAACAAGCUGGAGAGAGACCAGGCCUGCAAGCUCUUUGACACGCAGCAGUUCUUAUCAGAGCUCCAAGCCUUUGCUCACCACGGCCGGCCUCUGCCAAGGUUCCAGGUGACGCUGUGCUUCGGGGAAGAGUUUCCAGAUCCCCAGAGGCAACGGAAGCUCAUUACUGCUCACGUCGAACCUCUGCUAGCCAGACAGCUGUAUUAUUUUGCUCAGCAAAACAGUGGACAUUUCCUGAGAGGCUACGACAUACCCGAGCACGUCAGCAGCCCCGAGGAUUUCCACAGGCCCAUCCGCCACUCCUCCAUCCAAGAGUGAGAACGCCAAGACCAGAGACGUUGCUUCAUUGUAAAUACUCGACUUGGAAAACAGCUGACUGAACCCCUACUUCUUCUUUUGAGGAAUGUGGAAAUUGGGGCUUCAGUCCCACACCUGAGGAAAACAUUUGUAGAAAAUCAGCUCCAUUUAAUUGACAGAUGAGCUUUUUCCAAAAGGAAGAAUGGUAUUCAGGGUCUUCUGUAGACCCUGACGAUAAUGUGAAAACUCACUAAAAUGUGUUUACAUUUACCGAAAUGCCGUGUCCAGUUUGAUGUGGACUCUUUCUUGCGUGAAGACUGAGAAACCUGUGUUUCAGUGCUGACCACUAAGGACGGCAUGAAGGCGCCCAAGUGCCGUUCUGUUUCUCAGGGAAGUAAAACCUAAGUUUGAGUCUGCUCUGCCCACAGGAGAAAUGUACCAACACCUGUGGACGGCUGCUCUGUAGGAAACGCUUGCUGAUAGAAGGACAUAGACUCAGCCCUGGGGGUCCCUCCCCAGGGUGGCCCCCGCCCACCUCCCAUCCACGCUCCUUAUGGCCCCAGAAGCCAAUAGGCAAGACUCUGCUGUGUUUUCUUGAGCCAAAAGCAUUUCUUGAGCCAAAAGCAUUUCUUGAGCCAAAGAAUAGAGCAUUUUGUCUACUAAUGACUGGUUAAGAUAGUUGUUUGUCUUUUUGUCUCUCAUUCUGUAGAAAUUAUUGCUAAAACUUUUUUUCUUAAAGACAACAAAAAAAGAUCCACAAUCCAAGUACUAAAGAUGUAUUUUUGAAACUUGGUCGACAUUUCCCCUCUUGUCCUGCUUGUUUGUUAGGCGACCAGUUACCAUGGCAACACUAAGAGGAGGCGCCCCUACUUGUCCCGGCGGUGAGUCCUGUAGGGAAGGGAGGAGAGGGCUUCGCAGAUUGAGUAACUGCGGGCUCAGUGAGCUGUUUUGCUUAUGUGGUGAGUUAUAUGCCUCCUCAUGCCAGCGACGGCUUGACAGGGCCUUAAAAAUGCUGGGCUUUUUCCAAAUACAGCUUUUCGUAGAAUUA